UCUUAUGAUCAGCUCGGUGUGUGUCUCCUCCUACCGUGGGCGCAAGUCGGGGAACAAGCCUCCGUCCAAAACAUGUCUGAAGGAGGAGAUGGCCAAGGGCGAGGCGUCGGAGAAGAUCAUCAUCAACGUGGGCGGCACGCGACAUGAGACCUACCGCAGCACCCUGCGCACCCUACCGGGCACCCGCCUCGCCUGGCUGGCCGAUCCUGACGGCGGGGGCCGGCCCGAGUCUGAUGGCGGCGGUGCAGGCAGCAGCGGCAGCAGCGGCGGCGGGAGCUGCGAGUUCUUCUUCGACCGGCACCCAGGCGUCUUUGCUUACGUGCUCAACUAUUACCGCACCGGCAAGCUGCACUGCCCCGCCGACGUGUGCGGGCCGCUCUUCGAGGAGGAGCUCACCUUCUGGGGCAUCGACGAGACCGAUGUGGAGCCCUGCUGCUGGAUGACCUACCGCCAGCACCGCGACGCCGAGGAGGCGCUCGAUAUCUUCGAGAGCCCGGACGGAGGCGGCGGUGGCGGCGCGGGGACGGGCGAUGAGGCCGGCGACGAGGAGCGCGAGCUGGCCCUGCAGCGCCUGGGGCCCCACGAGGGAGGUGCGGGCCCUGGCGCCGGGUCCGGGGGCUGCCGUGGCUGGCAGCCCCGCAUGUGGGCGCUCUUCGAGGAUCCCUACUCCUCCCGGGCGGCCAGGGUGGUGGCCUUCGCCUCUCUCUUCUUCAUCUUGGUCUCCAUCACCACAUUCUGCCUGGAGACCCACGAGGCCUUUAACAUCGACCGCAACGUGACCGAGAUCCACCGGGUAGGGAACACCACCAGCGUGCACUUUCGGCGGGAGGUGGAGACAGAGCCCAUCCUGACGUACAUCGAGGGGGUGUGCGUGCUGUGGUUCACGCUGGAGUUCCUGGUGCGCAUCGUGUGCUGCCCGGACACUCUGGACUUCGUCAAGAACCUGCUCAACAUCAUCGACUUUGUGGCCAUCCUGCCCUUCUACCUGGAGGUGGGGCUGAGCGGCCUGUCCUCCAAGGCAGCCCGAGACGUGCUGGGCUUCCUGCGCGUCGUGCGCUUCGUGCGUAUCUUGCGCAUCUUCAAGCUCACGCGCCACUUCGUGGGCCUGCGCGUGCUGGGCCACACCCUGCGCGCCAGCACCAACGAGUUCCUGCUGCUCAUCAUCUUCCUGGCCCUGGGGGUGCUCAUCUUCGCCACCAUGAUCUACUAUGCCGAGCGCAUUGGCGCCAGGCCCUCCGACCCGCGGGGCAAUGACCACACCGACUUCAAGAACAUCCCCAUCGGCUUCUGGUGGGCGGUGGUCACCAUGACGACGCUGGGCUAUGGGGACAUGUACCCCAAGACCUGGUCAGGCAUGCUGGUGGGGGCGCUGUGUGCACUGGCUGGCGUGCUCACCAUCGCCAUGCCUGUGCCGGUCAUUGUCAACAACUUCGGCAUGUACUACUCCCUGGCCAUGGCCAAGCAGAAGCUGCCUAAGAAAAGAAAGAAGCAUGUGCCCCGGCCGCCCCAUCUUGAGUCACCCAUCUACUGCAAGUCUGAGGAGACUUCGCCCCGGGACAGCACCUACAGUGACACCAGUCCCCCUGCCCCAGAAGAGGGUAUGGUUGAGAGGAAACGGGCAGACUCCAAGCAGAACGGUGAUGCCAAUGCGGUGCUGUCAGAUGAGGAGGGAGCUGGCCUCACCCAGCCCCUGGCCUCUGCCCCCACCCCUGAGGAGCGCCGGGCCCUGCGACGCUCUGGCCCCCGAGACAAAAACAAGAAGGCAGCCGCCUGCUUCCUGCUCAGCGCUGGGGACUAUGCCUGUGCCGAUGGUAGUGUCCGGAAAGGCUGUGCAAAAUCCCGGAGUCUAAACAGCAUAGCAGGAGCAGCUGGAACCAGUCUGGGGCUGUCUCCACUGGCAUCGAGAUACAGCUCACCCUAUCCUCCGAGAAAGCUCCUGCUCUCCCACCCCUUCCACCCUCUCACCAGCCCUCCACCUGGACACCCUGGCCCUUAGCCGUGCCCCCGGCUCUCCCCACCUCUGGGCGCACACCACGUUCACAUGCCCUCCAGCCCUCAUUCCUCCGUAGGCCCGAGGGAGCCGGGCAGGAGGCAGGAGAACCCAGGCCCCCAAGCCUCUCCCCCACAGCACCCAACUCCCCAGAACAUUCGGCUCUGGAGCCUGAGAGCAAGGGGGAGAUUACUCCCAGGGCUCCUCCUGCACUGGUGUCUGGCCUGAGCCGGAGCUGCUGGCAUUACCUACCACUGCCCCCUGGGACUUGUGCCUCUGAGCCUUGCCUCCCCUCAGGGUCCCACCUUCAUGUCGGGGAAUGCAUUUCCACUCCUCGUGGCCUUCAGUCGGUAACCAGCCUGCGACUGACUAUCUCUGUCUGUCUGUCCAUCCUACUCCUAGACCAGCAAAGAAUAAGGCUGUCCCGCAGGCGCCCCAUCUCUGCUGGUGCACAGGGAGCUGGCUGGUCAGGGGAGCGGUGCCCCCCUGGGAGAGGAGGCCUGAUGCUCUCCAGCUCUGGCCUGGCGUGCAGGUGGGGUCCCUAGGGCCCCAAGAUUGGCUGGCUGCCGGGGCAUGGGAAUGCCCUCCUCCUGGGAGUGACACCCUGUGGCAGCAGAACCUGGCAUCCCAUCUGCACCCCAGCAGCCGUAUCUCUCCCGCGCUGCUCUCUCUGCUUCCACGAGUUUUUCUUCCCUCCUCCUCCUGCUGCCUCAGACUCCCAGCCCUGCCUGAGUCACCUGCCGUUCCCACCCAGCCUCUGCGCUCUGGAUGGCUGCCAGAGCCGGAGACUCAUCUAAUUUCUAUAAUUAAGUGUAUUCAUUUACCUAAUGAGCCCGGGAGCACAACAGGUGUGUGAGUCAUUGAGGGAGCAGGGGUGCACCGUGGGCAGGGGCAGCUGAGGGGAAAUGUGGGGACAGAAGCCAUCCCACCUCCUCCCGCUCCUGCAUAAGCACCCUGUCACUUCCAGGCAGGGCGGGGCUAGGCUGCAGGGGGCCCCUCUCUAGCAGUGAACCAGGGGAGGCUCUCCAGGCCCCCUCUGUCCCAGGACCCCAGAAGGCCUCAGCCAAGACAUUCCUGUUUAACCUGAUGGGAAUUAGACCUGACAGUGGAGCCUGGCAAUUUUUAGAGUCAGAUUACACAGCUUUGGAGAGGGAAUGACUAAGGUCUAUAUCUGCUCCUUCCAGGGUGGGCAAAGGUAAGAAUGGCAAGACAACCUUCAGGGACUCAGCAGGAGGCCGGGGAGUCUGGAGGUGCCCCUGAAAGGUGAACUGGGCAGAAAGUCCAGAUCAUUUCAUGAGAGUUGGGUGUUGUGAAAAGCCUCUGCCAGGACCACCCCCCUUUCAGUGCCCUCUGUCUUCAGCCUGGGGCAGACAUAGGAAUGUGCCUUCCAGAAAAGUCUGCAGCGGGUCCUGGGAUACCCCAACACUGCUGUGGUCCAUGAGGCCUGUCUCUGGCUUGCUCUCAGAAUGAGAUGAACCCCCAGAGGUGAGAAAAUAUGGGGGCAUCCAUGUGACCACCCUUCAAGAGGGGACAGGCCCCUUCAAGUGACAGGGACAGGGAAGCUGUGUGGACCAGGAUGGAGACUCUAGGAGCCCUAUCAAAGCUGGGGCUUAGAGUCCAGCUGCUUCUAGGUGAGGACAGAUUCAGUCCUGUCCCAGCAGGGGUCCCUGGCCCUGGGGUCCUGGCCCCAGCGGGGACGUGGUGUCUGGCUCUGUGUGAGCCCCACAGCGCUUCUGUGCUUGGGCCUGCUUUCCUGGCUCAGGGAGCUGAAGCGGCUAUUUCUGAAACGGCCCUCAACUUGUCAGGAGUCCAAGUUUCCACGGCACCCACCUCCUCUUUCCCUCUCUUCCCUCCCACAGGGACGGGCAUGCUCAUGGCACCCCUCUGGUGGGUACAGCUGUCCUUGGGCAACAUGAUAUGGGAGUGCUGGGUUGGAGCCCCUUGUGCCUUUGGGAGAUGGGCUCCUGCCUGUCCCCGCACUGGUUCUCUGGCUUCUGUUGGCGAAACACAGGACCUGGCUAAUGACGGCAAAGUAGGCCAUCCGCCACAGCAACCUCUCAGGACCUCUGGGCCCUGGGAAGGGGCAAAGUGAGUCCUCGAUUUAUAGAGAACCACUGUAUACCGGGCCCUGCCUAGGGAGGUGGCUGCCUGCCCAGGCCUCAACUUAUCCAGACCUGGGGCAUCCCUCCUCAGGGAAAGACUCUCUCCUCUGCCUAUAAUCUGAGAGCACAGUAUGCUUUGUGUUACAUGUGGACUUGGACCUGUACCCAUUACUUUGUCUCUGAGAAGCCUUUCCCCCACAGCUGGGGCCCACGCUGUCCUGGCAGAGCAGGGAAGCAGCCCAGAUAGGAGCUGUUAACCUUACUGACAACCUUAGAGGCAUUUCUCAACCCUGGGCGUUGAGGAGGAGCUCCUCCCCUGGGCUGUGAGCUGAAACCAGGGUUGUGGGGGGGGGGGGGGAGUCCAUUCAGCAUAGGAGCAGGAGUCAGAGGGGAGACGGAAUACCAGCCUGAGGGCUGGGACUCCAGGAGUCACCUGUUGGCCCCUGGGCUGCCCUUUCCCAGAGUCCCCUGGGAGAGGGGGGCCUCCUCUGCCCUGGCCAGAGUAUCACCCUGAAAUCCCUGCCCCCAUGGCAGCCUCCUUGCCUGCCCUUCCUGUGUCAGUACUGGGAAGGUAGGAGAAGGGAAGGCCCACGCCACUGACAUUCCAGGCUGAGGAUGGGAUAGCGAGAAGGGCUCACUGAGCUUUGGGUUUCUCAAUAAGAUGCUUUUUUCUGGCUUUGUCUCCUGAGAUGGACACAUGGGUCCUCCCUGACCUUCCCCUUUGGUAUCUACCCUCCAGCUGCUCCAACUCUGUUUCUGCCAGAUUGAGGAAGAGGGGUUGGGCACCACAAGGCAGCACACUUAGGGACCUUCUUCACUAGCCCCCCGGGACAGUGGAAUGACCCCAGCUGGUGAUGGUGGGUGGAGCUCUGUGGGGGUUCAGGAGCUGUGUGGGAGCCCAGGUUGGACCACAGGUCAUGCCAGGAACCUCCCCCAGUGCCUCCAUGCCAGGCUGCAGGGCUGUGGUCCUCCUGCCCACCGCACUGGAGUUGUGACAACCUGAGGGCUGGGGAUUCCUGGAGCUCAUUACCUGAGUACAUUUGGAGAUAAGCUGUAACAUGACCUAGGAGUCACUUGGCCUAGUUCUGGGUAGGCAGCUAUGGGCAGCAGGAGGGGCUCACCCCAUUCCCUGACCCAUCCCUGUGCUUCCCGCCUCUUUGCCCUGGGUCCCCUUGCCUUCCAGCUCUGCUCCUGGCCUAGUCCUUAGCCCACAGGCUGUGGGUCAGCAGCUGGCUUUCUUCUAACAUCUCAUUCUUUGUUUCUCCCUUUCUUUUGCUGAACUCCUUGCCC